AUGACGCUUAACAAUCCCGAGACCCAACAAGUCGAGCGCGCCCCCCAACUAGUCGAACCCACCCCAGUACGAACUGUUGCAGACCCUGUCGUGCCCGAAAACGCUAUCAAGUCAAAAGGGAAAAGUGUAGAGAAGGAAGGCGACGAAGUGGCAAAUCCGGAAGAGGAGAUAACCUACGUUGAUGACCAGCAACUCCGAAACAACAGUCUCUUGAAAUUAUCACCCUGUUUCCACCAGAAGAUGACCAAAUUGAAGGCAUAUGUGCCAUUAACGGUGUUCAACCUGGACUGGAUCGACCGCGACUGUGAAAAGGCGAACCAGAGGAAGGUGAAAACGGUGAAAGAGCUACAGGAGGGGGACGACACAAUGACGUACUCGGGUUUGCAACCCAAAGACGAACUACUCCUGUCCUAUGGCGAAUGGCUAGACCACAUGGAUUUAUUCAUCCGCUACGUAGAAGAAUACUACAACAUGCCGAAAUGUGCGGAGAACUUCAGGAAGCACAGGCAAAACGUCAUCGACAUAAGACGGUCCACGUCCUGCUGGAUGAUAGCUCUACGGUAUUGCAUCAAAGUCAGGAAGUUAGUAAUGCAAUUCAGGUUGAUAGCAGGAAAGCGUGUGAUGAGUAAUGCGGGAGUCUUACACGAGGAUAUCCUCAGAGCAGCAAAAGACAAGGUUGACUCUUCAGGAGAACGUAGCCACGCCGAAAACCCGUAUGUAGCAGUAGCAGAGACACCAGAACCCUCGAGCGCGAAAGAGCGGAGUUUGAUCAAGAGGGAAUUUGCGGCUGCAAAUCAGAACGGAAACGGGUCUGGAGGAAGUUGGAGAAACAACAGAGGUGAGGAUCAUCACGGAGGAAAAAGAGGCAAAGCCAAGUACCAUAAGAACAACAAUCGAAAUGAUCGCCAAAGCUAUAGAGACCGCGAAAACACUCAUGGAAGUGGACAUCCUUAUGCCAAGGGACAAGCCAAUUUCGGUUUCCAACCUUUCACGGGCCAAUACCACACCCAACCUCAGUUCCAAUACCAGCCCUACACCCCUUACAGCUCGUACCCCUAUGCAAGCGGCGGGAACCAAGGUUUUAACCAAGGAAACACCAUCGCAGGCCCGAGCGAACCGAACAAUCAACUCGCUAUUGUACCGAAACCGAAUGCAAGCGGGAGCGGGGGUCAAGGUGGUGCGUUAGCCAUAGUUCACAGAAACAACACCAACAAAUGUUUUUCUUGA